AUGCGGGCUCUCGACUUGCGUCGGGUUUAUGCGUGUGCCAAGGGGAGCGGACUGUUCCACCCCUCUUGUCGUCUGCGCAUCAAAGCGUCCACCGCGGGGACGGCUCCCAUUAGGCUCUCACGUGCCAAAAUGCUCGUCCCAAAGCACAACCUCCACGAGAUGGCUCAUCACUUCUGCUCUCCCUCUUCACCUCUCUCCAGUGGCACCACGAUGCUCACGGUUUGUCGUGAUGCCCUCGUCAAAGUCAUUGCAAUCGACCAUGCAAAGGCGGAUUUGAUUAAUCUAUUUGAUUUACUGCUCUGUCUCGGUGUAGACAUUCGGUUGACCAAACUCAUGGCAUCCCACAUCGAGGCGUGUUCGUUGUCCUGA